AAUUUCUAAACUAAUUCUAAAAAAUUCAUUUUUUCCUUUUAAUUAAUUUGACAUCAUUUAUUAAAAGUAGAAAAUUUAAUUUAUCUAUUUAAGUGUUUAUUACAUGUUCAUUUUUCAAUCUUUAUAAAUACUUUAUUUAUUUUACGUGUUAACCAUAAUAAUUUCACAGGUUUGAAUGAAAUUGUUUUAUCUGUAACAAAUAUUCAAACAAAUUAACAAAUUUUAAAAUAAUUAGUUAGGCAUGGACAUCUAAGUAUUCACUUGAGUAUGAAUCAAUUUUUUAUAUCAGAUUUUUUUCGGUUUUAAAAUUAAAUUCCAUUCAGAUAUUACAAUUUUUUUGACUGAAAAAUGGUUAAAUUCGAAUCUAUUAAAAAUACAGACCUAACGUCCUGAUGAGAGGUGCUGUCGACGGAUGAAUUCUUUCUCGGAUAUUCAAAUAAACCAUAAACAUGAUCUCAUAUCUUCGUAGCCAUAUGUGGAGUUAAUAAUUUCGCAAUAGAAAAGAGUUGAUCCUAACCUAAAUAUUAUAAUUUUUUAGACAGUCGGACUCUUCUAGAUCCGAAUAUGUUCAUAGGUACCUAAAAAUAUCCAUAAUAUCGGUGUUUAAAAAAUUAAACAAUUUUCUUUAAAAAAAACAAAAAAAAAUCAAAGGCCCACACGUCAAGUUUUUAAUACAUCGACUUGGUGCUAUGAGGGCUUAACCCAAGUUAUUCCAUUUCCUCUUAAUCAAUUUGGCUAUAUUAUUAUGGUUAACCGAAAACAUGUUCGGUUUUGCAAUAAAUGUAAUCGUAUUUUGCCUUAUUGAAAACGCGCAUUCCUAGUGGCCAACAAGGUAAUUUCACUUACGUUCGUUUGUCCGUAUAACUAAUUAAUUUUUUUUUUGAGAAAAUGUGUAUUUAAAUACCAAACUAUCUCAAAUUCUCUAAAAAAAUACAAACGUUGCACUAGGCCAAAUAAAUCACAAAGUUUUAAUUAUUGAGUCAUACUAAUUACACGUUUUGUCAAUUGAAUUUGUCAUCUAACCUCCGUGUGAUGUUAACGGUUAAUGAUGUGGUGUCGUUUUAAGAAUAGAACAAAAACCUAAAAAAUCAAAAACGGUACGUCUAAUCUACACGUACUCUUCUCUUCUUUCUCUACUCACUAUAGAACCCUAAUUCAUACUAAAACUCCAUAUCAUCUCUUCUCCAAAUCAUUAUCAUCUAUAUUUUUUCUUCUCCUCUGUUUUAAACCUACAAAUUGGAUUUUACUGAUAUGGUGGUAAGGAAAAAGCUUCCACUACGUCAAGGAGGCAGAGGCAGAGAACCUAUACCCGAUGAUGGUGAUGAAAUAGGGUCGGCUCUGUCUAAAGGUUAUGACGGAGAUGAGUGUGAACCUAUACCCGGUGAUGAUUGUGAGGCUAUUGUUGAUGAUCCGGGUGAUGAGAUCGAAGAAGAUGGGAAUGAGAUUUUAGAAGAAGAAGAAGAAGAAGAAGAAGAAGGAUGUGGCGUACAAACUGAAGAAGAAACUUGUGAAGUUUUUUCAUCCCGCUUUGGAGAUGUUGCAAGUAAUGAUGGAGACGAGAACGAUGAGAGUGGAGAUGAUGAUUGCUGGAAUGAGGAUAAUAUCCCUGAUCCUGUAAUAUCUGAUGAUGAGGAAGAAGAUGCGAGAAGGGAAGCUUGUGAGGAUGCCGCAUCAGCCGAUGAGGUCUUAGCAUUGGGGAAGAUGUUUUCGUCUGCAUCAGAGUUCAAGCAAGCUCUUCUUAGAUAUUCUUUGAAAACACGAUAUGAUAUAAAGCUUUACAUAUCAACACAAAUGAAGCUUGGAGCUGUUUGUUCUGACACUGAGUAUGAUUGUCCUUGGAGAGUGUAUUGUUCGUAUGAGAAGCGAAAACAUAAACUACAGAUAAAGGUUUAUGUUAAUGAACACGCUUGUAUACGUUCUGGUUACUCGAAGAUGUUGAAGCCUUCAUCAAUUGCGCAGCUGUUCACGGAAAGGUUGAGGGUGAAUCCUAAGCUUACAGCUAAGGAAAUUGGUGAAGAGAUCAAGAGAACAUGCAACUUGAUUGUUACUGAAGACCAGUGUCAAAAAGCUAAGACUAAAGUCACAAGAGAAAGAAGAGCAAGCCAUGAAAAACACUUUUCUCGAAUCUGGGAUUAUGAAGCAGAGCUUCGAAAGACUAAUCCGGGAACCAUAACUGAGAUAGUGACGAUUCCUGGACAAACACCAAGAAGCAAGCAAAGGUUUGAUCGUAUCUACAUUUGUUUUGAAGCACAACGUGCAGCUUGGAAGUCGACUUGUAGACCUAUCAUAGGACUAGAUGGUGCAUUUCUGAAAUGGGAUGUGAAAGGCCAAUUGAUUGCUGCUGUCGGAAGAGAUGGAGAUAACAGAAUUGUGCCAAUUGCGUGGGCGGUCGUAGAGAUUGAAAAUGACAUUAAUUGGGCAUGGUUUGUGAAUCAUCUAAAAGUGAAUUUACAACUCGGUGAUGGCAGCAAUUUCACAUUCAUAUCCGAUAAGCAAAAGGUAGAUAUCUUGGUGUACGUUGUUUGUUUCGGUAAAGUUAUGUCUUACAUUUUUUUUUGAAGGGUCUGGUGAAAGCUGUUCACCUCGAACUUCCCAAUGCAGAACAUCGCAUGUGUGCGAGACACAUUCUUGGAAACUGGAAGAGAGACAGCCACGACCCACAACUAGAGAGACUGUUCUGGAAAAUAGCCCGUAGCUACACCUUAGGAGAUUUUACAGAGCAUAUGAAUGCAUUGAAGAGCUACAAUCAGCUGGCGCAUCAAACUCUUCAAGCCACCAAUCCGCAUACAUGGUCUCGAGCUUACUUUAAGGUUGGUUCUUGUUGCAAUGAUAAUUUGAACAACCUGAAUGAAUCUUUUAACAAAACCAUUCCAGAGGCUAGGAGAAAACCACUACUUGAAAUGUUAGAAGAUAUUAGGCGACAAUGUAUGGUAAGCACAGCAAAAAGGUCUAUCAUCGCUAAUAGAUUGAAGACUAGAUACACAAAGAGGGCACAUAUUGCAAUAGAAACUGCUAUAGCUAAGUCUCAAGACUGUAUUAGAUACAUGGCUACGGGUAAUGUCUAUGAAAUUGACUAUCAUGACUGCUCGUAUAGCGUUGAUAUGGGUCUGAAGACAUGUGGUUGCGGGAUGUGGCAGUUGAAUGGAAUUCCUUGUAACCAUGCUGCUUGUGUGAUCACCUCAAAGAAACAGAAAGUUGAUGACUAUGUUUCUGAUUAUUACACUACCAUAAGAUGGAGAAAAACUUAUGAAUGUAGUAUUAGACCUGUGGAAGGGAUGAAGAUAUGGCCUAUGCUGAACAGGUUACCAGUCUUACCUCCACCAAAUAGGUUGGGUAAUAGAGGAAGACCAAGCACUUAUGCCAGACGGAAAAGUGCAAAUGAAUCAUCAUCUUUCUCUAGUAAAACCAAGCUAAGUCGUGCAAGGCGUGUCAUGACAUGCUCUAAUUGUAGAGAAGAAGGACAUACCAAGCCGAGAUGUUCGAAACCAACAGUUGAACCGGAACCUAAACGUCCACGGGGUCGGCCAAAGAAUGAUCAGGGAGGAUCACAAGGUGGAUCACAAGUUGGAUCACAAGAUUGAUGGUCGUAUGAUGCAUCUGUUGUUUCUUUUGUUGUUCUUUUUAUCUGUUUCAAACUAUAACUGUUGCUGAGAUAUUCCUUUUUUUCAAGAUAUCGUUGCUUUUCUUGUCAAAGUUGGAUUUCGUAUGUUUUAUGAAACUAUCCAUGUGUCCUUUAGUUACUGCCUUUUGUGAUGGUUUUUCUUUGUAUCAGUUGUAAAGUUUGCUUGCGUAACAAGUUUUGAGUUUCUUAUUUUCUUUGGCAUCGUUCAUCUCUUAUUCUCAGAGCAUAAUCAUUAAAAUAACAAAAACAAACCAGAAAUCUACUGUUAAUGCAUGUCUGUUUGUCAUUACGAGAAAAAUGUCACACUGAAAUUAACAAAAACCAGUUUGCACAUGUUCAAAAAUAACAGAAUUUUUUUAAAAAAACAAAAUCCAAUUCGCUCGUGCCGAGAAGCACCACUUCCUGAGCUUCCUCAUCAAUCUCUUCUACUAGAGAUCCCUUGGUGCCACUGAUCUCAUGUAGUCCACUGUCUCCUCAAAGUAUGGUUUCCGGGGUGUGACCAGUAAAACCACUCGAACAUAAAAUCC